AUGGGUUACACGGGAGGUGCAUUUUGUAGAAACGCACCAGCAUCCCGAAUUUCUUUUGGCUUCACCCUUUGACCCAUUCCUUGAACCGGGCUUCCAUGCCUACCACUAAUCACCAUGGCCAACUACUACACGUCUCUUUCUAAAAAUCAGUCCACUACCACCCUCGACGCCCUAUAUCAGGAUCUCGAUAGUUUCAUUCAUGAACUCUCUGUCGAUCUACCGCCCCAAUCAACUUCAGAUGGAAAGAAUAUCAUCACCACUUAUGAAGCAAUAACAUCCACGGAAACUUACCCAUGUAUGAUGGAUCAAAAAGAUAAGCAUGAUUCAGCCACUUUUAGAUACUACGGCGAGUGUAAACUUGAUGGAAAACGGGAUUCUGGCUCUUCCACUGGCCAAGAAACCGUGUGCCCUGAAUCCUUGGAUUGCGCAGCACGAAAUCCUCGCCCUGAAUCGACUUCCCCUUCCGAUCGUUCAUUCGCUUCCGUCGACGCGGAACUCCACCAAUCGUCGACGUCGCUGCAUGGUUCAAAAUCAUCCAGUCUAUCCACUGCCUCGUCCUAUGCCAACCCCACUGAAACGUCGUCCCCAUCAUCCUCAGAUCCUUCUGCUCCCCGUCCCCUUCCGUCUCAUCCUCAUCCUACCAUUAGCACCAGCACCAAUACAAUUACCAACGAUGCACCAAAAGAACUCACCAAAGUAUCAGUGGAUGAGCACACCGUCGUUUAUACAACAAGAUCCAGUUCUCUGAACCGUCAAAUGUCAACCUCUUCAGAAAAAUAUGCUGGCCCCACGUUUAUGCGAUCCAAUAAUUUACUCAGUCCCAAAUUAUACUCCACACCUACCUCCCCACUGGCCACCCAUGUCGCUCGUUUUACAUCGGAAUCAUUGGCCGCAUCGCAUGCCCAUUCCCCUUGCAUCGUCUUUCCAAAUUACACGCUCAUGUCCGAGCUGGGAGAAAAAUUUAUCGAAGAAGUGUAUACAAUGACGGAGCGGCGAAAAAUUUUCUGUUCCGCCGAAUAUCCUACCAGUUUUAGUGGAGAGGAAGCCAUGGAUAUUAUUCGAUCUCUGUUUCCUACGGGUUUACCAGAUAAUACGUAUCGAAAGAUCGCGCGAUCGUUGAUUCACACUACACCGGCGCUUAUUUACCCUUUAUCGUAUUCCGAGAAAUCCGUUCGAAACAACACCUUGUAUGACUCGCCCCACGAAGUUUACAAUUUGGCAGAAGAAGCCUUGGAAGGCGACAUCCCACAAGGCGUGUUUACCCAACUCACCCCGUGUUACUCCAAUUUUUGUUUACCCGGUCAAGGAGGCUGUUAUGCUCCAUGUUGUCCUAAUCGAUCCUCCGCUCCAUCCAGUGAGACAACGAAACGUCAUCCCGAUUUGCAACGCCAUACCUCCUUGUCGUCAUCCAUGGCGUCUUCCCAUGAUACGUCGGUAUCGCGGGCAUGGUCGGCGUCGGUAUCGCGUGAAAUCCUUCAGCGGACCCCGGACGUGGAGAUCAAACGACAGGAAGCGAUCCAUGAAAUUAUCUACACCGAAGAAGAUUACGUGCGCGAUCUCAAUUUGCUGGACGAAUUGUAUGCGACGCCGUUACGAACUGCUCAGUGUCUCGAAGAAUCGUACCGCGAGGCAUUUUGCGAUAACGUGUUCAAUAAUUACAUGGAGAUUCUGCAAAUCCAUCGCCAACUGUAUCGAGAUUUACGCGACCAUCAGAGCUAUUGUCAAUCGCAAAAUUCGGCAGGGUUUGUGGACAAAAUUGGUGACAUCUUUCUGCGCCAUCUCCCCAAAUUUAAAGACGCUUAUACCCGUUACGGACCGCACGUCGUUCUCGCCGAAUACGCCGUCAAGAAAGAGAUGGGCCGUAACAUUCUUUUCCAAAACUUUAUUCACGAAAAGCAACGACAAGCCGAGUGUCGAAAACUCCCCUUCCGCCACUUUAUCAUUCUGCCCGUCACACGUUUGCAACGGUAUCCGCUGUUGAUUGGCGCCAUCUUGAAGAAGACCGCCGAUGAUCACCCUGACAAGCAGUCGCUCCUCCAAUGCGCCGACAUGCUGAAAUCCGUAGCGAGCGAAAUGGACGAGCGGACGGCUGAGACGAAAAACACGUUGCGCAUCUGUAUGAUCAACGAUCGCAUUGUUUACAAGCCCAAUGAAAUGCAUGAUCUUCGUUUGUUAGCUACAGGACGCAAGUUAUUGCAUGAAGGCAUUUUAACGCGUCGAUCGCAUAUGGUGGUUGAAACCGUCGAACUUCACGUCUUUUUGUUUGACCACAUGCUUGUACUGACAAAGUUGCGCAAGAACAGUGCGGGUGAGGAAGAGUAUCACAUCACGAAACGACCGAUUCCGUUGGAACUGCUGCACGUUCAGGAAGCCACGGAAGGAUUUUCGUUGGGUUUGCGUGCCAUGAGUAGUACCUAUACGUCGACAUUUGCCUCUCAUACAGGCACCACGGUCGGUUCCUCCCCGUUUGGCACUCAUUAUCCUCUAUUGAUCCAUCAUUUGGGUCGUCACGGCGCCGAUCAUUUACUUCACGCCGAAAAUGCUGAAGCGCGAUUGGCUUGGAAAGAGCAAAUCGUCCAGGCCAAAGCGGCCAUGGAACGACUUCAACCCGAUCGCCAAGUCUUUGAAAUCCGAUCCCUCAGUGACACCACCUUCACCGGCGCCACAGCCCACGGCGCUUCAUUCAAUCACGGCAAAAUCACUUGCUCGGUGCCGUUUGUGAGCACGAGGGGGAUUCGAAUGAUUGCCAUAGGUACGCUUGCUGGUAUUUGGAUGGGCAUUGAAGGCGACACCAAUAGUAUCCAUCAAGUGUUAUCGUUGCAAGACGUUCAACAGCUCGCUGUACUGGAAGAACAUCGCAUCCUUAUCAUUCUUGCAGAUAAAUCGCUGUACGCGUAUGCCUUGGACCCGUUGGACCCCACUCUUUCCAAGAAAACCGAUGAGCGACCAAGUCAGAAAAUUGCUCAACAUGUGUCUUACUUUAAUGCCGGUAUAUGCAAUAACCGGACAUUGGUCAUUGCGAUGAAGAAACGAGGCAUGGACAGCCAUUUCAAAGCCUUUGAGCCCAUUUGCGGCGAUUUGCGCGAUCCGAAAAAUGCCAAAUUUAUGACCUCCAAAUCUAGCUUUUUCCAUAAAGCACCAUCAUGGUUCAAGGUGUACAAGGAAUUUUAUAUUGGAGCCGACUCGUCAGCCAUUCAUUUCUUGAAAGCGCGCGUGGUGGUUGUUUGUACGCGAGGAUUUGAAAUUAUUGAUCUGGAGCAGCUCCAUUUGAACCGAAAUAUCCCUGAUUUGAAUAAUCCUGACUACGGAUUCGUGCAACAACGAGGUGACGAGCUUAAACCGCUGGCCAUGUUCCGGUGUAAAGAACAUUACCUGCUUUGUUACAAUGAUUUUGCUUUUCUCGUCGACAGUCAUGGUUCAUUUAUUCGUGAUGCCUAUUUAUGGAUUGCUUGGGAAGGCACACCUCACAGCAUUGCAUUCUAUUAUCCUUAUGUUAUUGCAUUUGAUUCUCGGUUCAUUGAAGUACGGCACGUGGAAACGGGACAAUUGGUGCAAGUCCUUGCUGGCGUCCACAUGCGAUGUUUGCAGUUCACCAAUAGCGCUUUUGCGCCUGUCAUUCAUGGUUGCAUGGCUCAUCCUUUCAAGCCUGAAUAUCAGUACGUUUUCCAACUAAUCGCUAAUUUCGAACCACCUGUAUAGCAGGCUCUACACACCCGGAUUGAGAGACGGCUUUUGAUUAUACAGUGCCCCUAAUUUAUAAACUUCACAAACUAUUCAUUCUCAUGAGAAUACAUCUUCUUUUGUUAUCACUAUUGGUUAAUUUAACAAAUCAAUGAAGGGGAAAAAAGUGACUUGUUGACUGAAAAUACAUUAACUCAAAGAUGUAUUCGAAGGCACUGACCAGUGGUCG